AUGUCCGCGCACGCCGCUUCAGGUGACCGAGACGGCUCAGGCGCCGGCGCUGAGCGUGCCCUCCACCUGCUCGACGAAAUGCGGAGCCUCCUCGGGCGCCGCCCCGACACCGCCUGCUUCACCACGGCCGCCGCGGCGCUCUCUUCGGCGUCCCAACCUGGCGCCGCGCUCGCCGUACUCAACGCCAUGGCCGCGGACGGCGUUGCACCCGACGCCGCCGCGUGCACGGUGCUCGUCGGGGUGUACGCCUGCCACCUCCGGUGGUUCGACGCAGCAUACGAAGUCUUGCGGUGGAUGGCGGCGAACGGUGUGGCCCCGGACGUGGUCACCUACUCGACGCUGAUCUCUGGGCUGUGCAGUGCUGGCCGGGUGGCUGAGGCGCUGGGCGUGCUUGACUUCAUGCUGGAGGAAGGUUGCCAACCAAAUGCUCACACGUACACUCCCAUCAUGCACGCCUACUGCGUGAGUGGAAUGAUACAUGAGGCCAAGGAGCUAUUGGAAACGAUGGUUGCAGCUGGAUUUGUGCCAAGCACAGCCACUUACAAUGUCUUGGUUGAAGCACUAUGCAAGGCUGGCGCUUUCAAUGAAGUAGAUGCGCUUCUUGAGGAGAGCAGUGCGGCAGGGUGGACACCGGAUACAAUCACAUACAGUACCUACAUGGAUGGGCUAUGCAAAGCCGGCAGAGUAGAUAAGAGCUUUGCAUUGGUGGAUAAGAUGCUGUCGGAGGGGUUGCGUCCUAACGAGAUUACUCUGAAUAUCCUCCUUGAUGGGGUUUGCCGCAGGUCAACUGCUUGGUCUGCAAAGUGCCUCUUGGAGUGCAGUGCAGAAAUUGGAUGGCAUGUCAAUGUUGUCAACUAUAACACUGUGAUGAGGAGGCUUUGUGAUGAGCGAAGAUGGUUGGCUGUUAUCAAGCUUUUCAUCGACAUGGUCAAAAAAGGCAUGGCUCCCAAUAGCUGGACUUUCAGCAUUGUGGUGCACAGUCUCUGUAAACUUGGGAGGCUUCGUGAAGCGUUUUGUUUGCUUGGAAGUGAGGAUUUUGUCGCUGAUGUUGUGACAUACAAUACUUUGAUCCGUCAUCUCAGUUUCUUGGGGAAAGCUUAUGAGGCCUUCCUUGUGCUUCAUGAGAUGAUUGAGAAAGACAUUACUCCAAAUGACAUCACUGACAGCCUUGUGGUUGAUUGUCUCUGUAGAGAAGGGAAGUUCUUGGUUGCACUUAGUUAUUUAAACCGAUCUCUAGAAGAUGGUCUCUCUAGAUCUGCAGUAUCUAGUAUUGUGCGAGGUCUCAUUGCUGGCGGGAAGCUUCAUGAAUUGCAUACACUAAUCAGAUGGAUUCUUGGGCAAGGUUUCAUAUUAGAUGUAUAUAUGUACCAGGAAUUAAUAAUUGCUUUUUGUAAGAAAGGAUACUGUCGAGGUACUGAAAUGUACAAAGUGAGUCACACAUUGGAAAGAAUGCUGAGACUGACAUGA